UUUGUGUAAAAUUUUACAAUAGUAUAUAAAAUUUGGUCAUUAGUUUUUUUAGCCGGUGCACAUACAACAUGAUUUUAGGUGGACAUGAAAACGGUGCGGUUUAGCAGAAAACUAACGUAGUUUGUACGAAUUAACUGUUUUGUAAUCUGUAAAGAUCAUUAUAUAAUGAAUUAACGGUUGAUAUACGCCUUAUAAACUGAGGUUCAAAACUUCGUUUGGAGAGUAGAAUUCUUUAUGUGAGGAAGCCACACCUACUGAAGAUCGGUGGAGCUACCCAAAUACCUGCCAAUAACUACGUGCGAUUUUCCUCAAACAUCAAAAGCUGGAGGAGGAUUUAUAUUCUGGCGCGAAGAUAGAGAGGAAGGGACUUUUAUGAGUGUUUUUUGUAAUAUGGCACCUACUCAUAAUUUAAACUCUGUGAGUGAUAUCCACCAUCCUAUUCAUUCUACCUGUUUAAAAAUGAAUCAGGAUUCUUCGGAAAAUAUGAGACACUCGAAUACUCUACAGAGUGUGUUACUUGGAGAAAUUCCAUCAGCAUAUCUGCAUCUGACGUCAUCACACAGGACUCCUUUGCAAAACUGCAGAGAUUCUGAAAAGGAACCAAAUGUUCCCUUCAUACAUGUUCAAAGGGAACACGAACAUUCAUACAGACCAUAUCAGUGUAGCUCUCCAAUGCGCGCUGUACAAAACUCCUCACCACAAUCUCAUUUGGUGUCAAGGUCACCAAAACGUACUCAUUCACCUCUCACGGAUAGACAUUCUAAUUAUAGUAACGGAUCUUAUUAUCAAGAAGCGCCCCAAUACAAUGGACAUAUAUAUGACAGAGCAUCACCAGCAUACGAAGGACGAUCUUCACCAUUUCAAGAAUCAGGGUCCCCGUUUAUAGGAUCUUCGCCUCAUUACAACUCACCAAGUAGAUCUUUCUCCCCAAGUCAAAGUGUAGGAUCACCAUACUCGGUUCAUCGGAAUGACGGGUCACCAUAUUCCCCGCGUCACACAAGUAGUCCGUACCAAUCACACCGCGCAAUUAGUCCGUACUCAUCAAGCCGAAUAGCAAACUCGCCAUAUAAUAUUUAUGAAAAUUCCAACAGCCCUUACUCAGGAUCUCAAAGUGCAUAUGACAUUCAUUCACCUGUUAAUCAUUCUGAAGGAUACUCAAUUGAAAACCAUGAAAAUUUUGAAGAUCAGCCCAUAGACUUGUCGCGCAAAUCGGAGGCAAAGGAUGGGCCUCUUUUCGCUUCGGAAGAAGGCGAGCUUCAUGAAAAUUCUGGAAAUGGAUCUCUUUUACGUACAUUACUUAGGCCAGGUAAACAAAUGAACACGGACUAUAAUUCAGACAGUGGACGCGAUUCGCCUGGAUCUGACGUGUUCAGACCGGAUAUACCAGUGACUGGUUCCACCCGUGUUACUCUUGCUAAAAAGAUGGUUUAUCCAAUCACAUCACGAGUAUCAGACUGGCUUGUGAAAAUCGUGCAGUUUUCUAAAUCAAUUCCAGAAUUUCAGUCAAUGUCUCAGAAUGAUAAAAUGACAUUAUUAUUAAAUUCCUGGACGCGCAUGCUCCUUUUGCUUAUGGCUGAAAAUGACUGUGAAUUUGCUGUGACUCCGCUACAUCGUGACGAAAAACAAUCAGAUGACGUCACCCCUUGCCAAGAUGAGCCGACUAUGAAGUCCGUAGAGGGAAUACAAAGUUUCACCAGAAAAUGCAAAAAUAUGGGUAUGGACCAGAAAGAGUACGCACUGAUGCGAAUGGCCGUCCUCUUCAAUUCAGGGAAUGUUGGUUUAGAUGAUGCCGAACUUGUUGAGAAACUCAACUCUGCCGUGCAGCAGUUACUUCAACAGCACGUGACCUCCACGCGCCCUAAUGACGUCAUGCAUUAUUCACGGAUCCUUAUGCUUCUGCCAUCUUUGUACGGAAUUAACUGCCGAAUGGUUGAAACUCUUUUUUGCAAAAGAAUAAACACUGACAUGCAAGUGCUUCUGAAAGAAAUGUUACAAAACUUGUAGCGAUGUGGUUCGCAUAAUAGUGGGAUUUCUCGGCUUUACAGUGGUUUAAGUAAAAACAUUCCUUAAAUAUCUCGUGAUUUACCUCUUAAACCAUUUGGGAAUUGAAUUCUUUAUUUCAUGUUUUCUUAAGAUUUAUUACACCAUCAUUUGCCUGCGUGCUAUUUUGUAAAAUCUUACAUCUGUCAUAACUAGUUAAAGGUUGUAAUAAAUUAGUAGGUAUUUAAAAAAGCUCCACUGCCAAAUCUUCGGUAUUGACCUAAAUAUUGUAUUUCUUUAUAUAAAAUAUACCUGUCACAUAUAUGACAUUUAUUAUUGACUGAACAAAUGUAAAACUAGUAAUGUUUAUUAUCUAUUUACUGAUCUUGUUCUUGAACAUUCCCAAGGUUAGAAUAUUUUUUUAAAAAGUCGGUCAGGUUUUACAGGAUAAUAAUACGUGCACAAUAACAUAAAUAGUGGUAACAGAAUAUCGGCUUUUGUAUGAAAGAAUUAAAAAUCGUAUAGUGUAUAUUUCACGAGCCAUGAAACUGAUCACGUAUUUUAUUUAUUUUCAUGAACUUGACUACUUUUUGAUAUUUUUAAUACAGCGCGCAGAAUUGAGAAUGGGUAAUUUUAGUUCAUUUUUCGAAUUUUUUAAAAAAAAUAGACUUGUUUGGAAAAUCCUCGUAAAGCAUGAAAAAAAACUCCUAUUGGGCUCCCCGUCUGGCGUGAAUAGACAUGUUUAGGGACUUUAAAAAUAUAUUUGGGAUGUAUAGUCGAAGGGGCUUGGGUAAGGAAAAUACAGCUUGUAGUUUCAAUAUUUUAAUACCCAAAAUAACGUUUUUAAAUAUUAAUAGAAAUUAGUCUCAUUUCAGUUACUGUGUUUUGACUUUGAUUUAAAUUGCAGCAAAUUUCUGUAAGUUUUACCUCAGAUUUUUAUUGCCUUGCAUGACUCAUGCACUGGAGAUAAGUAAACAUGAUAUUAAUAAUUAAGUCUUUGGGUUGUUUUUUUUUUGUAAGAAAUUGCUGCUGUCCUGCGCCAGUGGUGGCCAGGAAUCACCGUUGAAAUUACCUGUAUGACCUGCUGGGACAUUUAAAUGCAAAGGAAACUAAAAUGUUUGAUGUAUAUUUUUUUAAGGUCAUAAUUUAUUUAAGUACAUUGCUUUUUCUGGAAUAAAAAAUGGAUAUUUGUAUUGUAUAUGUUAAUGUUUUGAAAGUGGAAUAAUAUCUUGCAUGGCCUGUACCGACACGGCCUCGCCAAAUUUGGAUACCUCUGACCAUGCCAGAAAUUAGAAUAUGCCAAAGAGAUCAUAAAUAUGUUGAUUUGUAUUUUUAAACAUUAAACAGAGGUUCCAUUUGCAUAGUUCUUGCCAUUUUAAUCACUAAAACUAACUGAAGAAUAGACAUAAUACACGUAGAAUAUGAAUGUAAAAAGAGAGCUGAACGUCAUUUCAUUUUAUGUUUUACAAUGAAUUCAUUACGUUUUACUUCAUAUCAUAAGACUCAUGAUGAUGACUGUAUUAUAUUUUAUUUAUUUAUUUAUGUCUUUGACCACGAUUUGAUUCAAUGAAAUUAAAAUAUGAAACUUUA